UACAGAAUUUUCUUGCUACAAAUAAUAAUCAACAAACACACGGGACCUUUCUGCCAUUUCCGCUUAGUGUGGUGAAACAAGUCCACAACGGCUGGCGCGGCUGUAUAAUUUUUCAAAAUGACUCAACAUGUUUUGUGUAUAGCCUUCCCGGCAUUCGGGCAUAUUAUUCCCCUGCUGGAACUGGCCAAGAAGAUGAGCAACAACUUCCUAGUGACAUUCUGCGUUUCCGAGCAAAAGGUCACCUAUAUCAAAGAGCGGGAACUACUGCACGGUUACGGUGAAUCGAUUCGAAUGCUGGGAUUAAACGACGGCGUCAACGAGAACUUUGACCGUCUGGUGUCUCCGGAACAAAUGGCCGGCCUGGUUAAAUCCAUGGAGCAGGCCCAGAGUGACCUUUUAUACGGGAUUAACCCGGCCAACCGAUCCGGCGGAAAAGACGACAGUGGACUGGAACCGGUAAGCAUGGUUAUCACGGAUUCCAUGAUGUAUGUACCGUUAAAGAUCUGUCACGAGCGCAAUAUCCCGUGCUACGUAUUCAACGCUGCCAGCGAUAAACUGAUGACCGGGAUUCUGAAAAUCAAUCCCUCCACGAAAGCCCGCACGUCGCAGGAUUUUCACAACGGUGAAGCCAACGAGAAUACGGAUAUCGGCUUUGCCGUGGAAGAGCAGUGUCUGAAUUGGAUGUACGAGUUAAAUCAUACAUGGCCGUUAGCUGCGGGGGUCAUCCACAAUUCCGUUCGGGAAUUCGAAGCCGACGCGAUGCUAGAUUUCACGAACGAUCCCCGAUUUGAUAACGUCCCUUCGUAUCACGUCGGGCCGUUGCUGAACGAUACGACGCCAGGCGAUCAGUUCGCGUUGAAGAGCGGCCGCAAAAGGUCACCGGUCAGUAUGACCUUAGCGCAGAAAGUGCAGACGUGGCUGGAUCAGCACGACACCCAGACACUGAUCUACGUCUCCUUUGGGACACUCUCGCUGGCCUCUGCCCACCAGACUAAAGAAAUCGCGGUGGCGCUGCUGUCGCUGCAAGUGCCCUUUAUCUGGUCACUACGUGAGAGUGAACACCAGCAUCUCCCGGCCGACAUUCAACGCAAGAUUAAACACCAAUUCGAUGCACCGGGCGGGCACUUUUUAGUGCUCCCGUGGGUGCCACAGAAGCUGGUACUGGCGCAUCCGGCCACGGCGGUGUUUGUAUCGCACUGCGGCUGGAACAGCACCCUGGAGGCGGUCAGCAGCGGGGUGCCCGUGGUGGCGUGGCCGAUGUACGCCGAUCAAUACAUGAACGCGGAGUUCCUGGAGCGGGAAGCGGCCGCCGUAAAACUGGAAGAGACCGGGUUGAACAGCACAAAGGUCAUCGCCGCAGUCCUCCUGCGGGACGCCAUCACGACGGUGUACGGGGAUAAGGAGAACGAGAACCGCUACCGGAAGGCCAUGGAACGCCUGCAGACGGUGGCCGGGGCGGCCGUUGCCAAGGGUGGCAGCUCGGUGAAGGAUCUGAUGACUUUGAUGGGGAUAUGACGGCGCCAGCGCUGCGCGGAGGCGUUCACUGACCAUCUGACUGUUUAAUUGAUCAUAGAGCGUCUAUAUCAUUAAUUUUCUCAUUUAUUGUCAAUAUUCUUAAUGAUUUUUUUGUUUUCUAUUUUCUUUCGCCGCGAUCUGUACACAGCCACCCUUA